UCAAGAAACAAGAAAAAAGUCGUCGGAUUUCCUCUGGAUAGUGUUUAAGUUUUUAUCAUUUUGUUUUUAAUUUCAAACUUGUGUGUCAAACAUGGAUUCAUUAGAUACUGAUGACCAACUAACGAUAGUGAAUCGGUCAACAGAAUACAAGAUUAGUAAGAAACUAAUUUGUAAAGUGCCUUACUUUGAAAAGUUGUUAAGCCAUGAAUGCUUGGAAUCAAAGGAAGACAAAGUUGUAUUGGAUUUUGAUGAACAAGCUUUUAAAUUGAUUAUGGACUGGGUUAGAAGUCAUUAUGCUUUCAUCUUGAUCGAGAUGAAUCACGCAAUUAGUUUGUACGAGUUGGCUGAUUAUUUGGGUCUGGAUUGGAUUUCAAAAAUGUGUAUCACCUGUUUCAGUGACAACUUUUCAACUAAAAAUCUUCCCACUGUUGUACCUAAAGUGACUGCAACAUCUAAAUGUAUAACCUCUGGUGCUCUUAACGCUUACAUCUGUCGCUAUUUCUCAAAGAUAGUAAACACAACUGUGUGGCUGGAAUAUCCUAUUGAAACGAUUGAAUACAUUUGUGCUUUGGAUCUGUUGGUUUAUUCAGAGUAUCAAGUUUUCAUUGCAGUCCUGAAAUGGGUGAAUUACAAGGCUGAUACAAGAAAAGCCCAUCUCAAAGGAUUGUUAAAGUUAGUUCGAUGGUGCCAUUUGAACGAGCAAGACUUAUCUAAAAUAAAAGAAAAUGAAUUGUUUAAAUCUUCAGGCUUUGAACCAAUAUUUUGUGCUCCUCGAAAGUUUAAUUUCAAUUGUAACUUCAAUCGAGCCAAGCAAAGUUAUUUCGUCAUGAUUGAGAAAUUGAAUAGUACAGUACCCAAGCAAGACCCAGUACCAAAGUAUCAAUCUCCGGUUACCUAUGAAGAUUUGCGAAUCAAUGUACUUGACAAUAACAUGACACAACUGUUUAGUCAAGUCAUCAAAUAUGAUGGGUCAAUUCCUCUAAAGCUUUUCCACGACGAACAUGUUUCUGAAAUUUUUUUCGAAUCCAAAAGCCAUUCCCUACGAAUAGGCUGGAAUCAAAAUAAAUUUACGUGGGUUUCACGUGGUCAUUAUCCGCAAUUGUUAAAAAGAAUCACUGGAAACUUUGAAGACGAAACUCAUCUUAUUGGAAAUUUAGUGCCGGGAGAAAAUUUUGAAGAUGGUUCCAUACUUUUAGAGGGCUCUGAAAAUUUUAUUAUGAUUUCCAUCAAAAAGAGACGUUUACACUAUUUCGUAAGGCCAACCUACGAAAAUUAUGCAAAAUUUUUGAGCUUGCACGAAUGCAAAGCAACUAUUUUGAACGAUAAGCUUUACUUGCUGUCGAAUGCACUUGAUUUAUACGAGUUUGAAAUUGACUUCAAUAAUAAUGCGCUUAGACGAACUUGGAGCCAUUGCUUAUGGAAUGAUGAAUUCAGAUUCGAAAAUUUGCUUUUAACAUCGAAUCCAGCUGGUGAUAAAAUUAUUUGCAUUGAUAAAUUAACAAAAAAAUUCAUUUGUUUCGACGUCAACACUAAAGUGAGUUCGAAGGGUCGUAUGAUAACAUAUUCUUAUGCUGAUGGCUAUAAGGAAUCCAACAGUCUGUUCACUUUUACUUCUACUUUUCUUCCGUUAAACACCAUCAGAACUUGCUUAAACUCCAAAUCCAACUCAGAGAAUUAGUUAUUUGACUAAAAUUAUUCAUAAAUUGAGUGCUUCAUGAA